AAUAUAAAACAGCCACAAGUUACGCAGUUCCAAUUCGCGCUACAUUUAAUUAUUUGUAUAAACUAAACAUUGUAAUGUCUUUAAUCAGUUCAAUCUGAGUUUGAAAAUCUAUAUCCUACAUAGAUCUGGUCAAGUUUUUUUUGAGUUUUUGUGCUUUUUCUUGUGUCAAGUUGGUUAUAGAGCACAAUCAUGUAUAUUAAGGCAAAACAAGAAUAAUGGUCCAACAAAUAUAACCACCAAAAUGAACCGAACUAAGACGUUACUAUUUCUAUUUUUAAUGCUAUUCUUGAAAAAAACGCAAUGCCUAAGAUGUCCUGGUCAUAAUUUACAAAAUUGUACAUGUCGAGGAUUAUUCCAGUACCUCGGCACAAAUUUACUAUGUCCCAAUAUAGGAAUUCAUGACAUAGACAUAAUGUUUUAUGAAUUUGGUCAAGUUAAUUUGGCCUGUUCAAAUAGGGAGGCUAAAUAUGCCGAGUUAUUACCUACCAUUGAUUUAUCCAAAACUCAGAAGUUGAAAAUGGAAUACUGUGACUCAUUUAUGGAAUUUGAUUACAUUUUGAAGAAAUUUAAUUUAACCGAUAUUAAACAAUUAUAUGUUAGCAAUGUACCUUCACCGGACUUUAAUACGACUGAGAUUAUAAAUAAAGAAUCAUUUAAAUUAUUGGGAAACUUAGAAGUACUUGAAUAUUUUUACAGCAGAGUACUAUUUGAUAAUUAUUUUUUGAAAAAUAUCCCCAAUUUAUUAGAAUUAUCAUUGAAAGCUGUGGGACUACCGGAACUUAAUAUUGAAUUUGAUUAUGUUUUGAACCUGAGAAAAAUAAACUUCUCAAUGAACAAAAUUAGUUCAAUAACUGAUGAAGCUUUCAAAAAUCUUCUUGAUUUAAACGAGUUAUAUUUAGAUAAUAAUGAAAUUGAGCUUUUACAGGCAAAAACGUUAUUCGGCUUAAAAAAAUUGAAACUUUUAGAUUUAAGCAAUAACCGUCUCGAAGAAAUUCCAAAACAUGCCUUAUCAAGCUUGGAAGAUGUAGAAAUAAUUGAUUUUAGCAAGAAUAACUUAUCCAAAAUAAAUGAAGAAGCAUUUGCGAACAAUAUUAUGUUGAAAUCCCUUGCUCUCCAAAGCAACAAACUACAAGACAUACCUGAAGAAAGUUUCCAGAAUUGCUCGAAACUAUUAAAAUUAAAUUUGAGAAAUAACCAAUUGAGAACAUUGCCUAAAAAUAUAUUCCAAAACCUAAAACGGUUAAUAAACCUGAAUUUAUCAGCAAAUAAAUUAAUUACGCUUCCAACAAGCAUUUUUUCCUCACUAGCUCAUCUGGAAAAGCUGGAUUUAAGAGAAAAUAAGUUCAAAACUUUUGAUAUGUAUUUGCCACCAAAUGAAAAUAUGAAAUUGUACCUUGCGAAUAAUGAAAUUUCGCAUUACCCAGGAACAAAACUUAAGAUUAAAAAACUGGAUCUACGUUCUAAUAAAAUUAAGAACGUUGCAAUUGAAGAUAUUGCUUCCUCAUCAAUUUCUCAUGUGGAUCUUGAAUAUAAUUAUAUCAAAUAUGUUGACUUCAAUUCCCCAAUUAUUUCUAACGCUUCACAAUAUAUAAAUUUAAAGCACAACCCCCUUGCGCCUGAUUGCUUUAAUUAUCACAUUGUUAGUUAUUGCUAUAAGGAAAAACUAACUACGGAACCGUUUUUGAAUAUUGUUGGCAUUACUUUGAAGCCCAAGGACAUUUAUUGCCUAUUACCUGAAGACUGCCCUGAUGCAUGUAGAUGCUACUAUAAACCGUUAAAUAAUGAUCUAAUUGUGAAUUGUUCUCUCAAAAACCUAACUUCGUUUUCCAUAAAAAAAAACUUCUUCAAUGUACCAGAAUAUCUAUUGAAAAAACCCGAUGCGUCAAUUACCAGCAAUGUGACUCAUAUAACACAUCUGGAUCUUUCUGGAAAUUUCAUUAGAACUUUCAAUUGGGUUCCUCCAUUUAUAAAGGAGGUUAAUUUAAAAAAUAAUAAAAUCAGCAACUUAGAUGAUGAAGUCGUAGAACUCCUCCGGAGAAGUCACUCCUUGGAGAGAAUAGAGCUGGGAGGAAAUCCUUGGGAAUGCAAUUGCGAAUCUAUGAGUCUGCAAUUGUUUUUAAAGGAAUUUUAUGUUAAGACUGAUUCUUCAAAUGUUAUCUGCAACAAUACCAGCACGGCAUUAAUCAAAACUAAUGAUUUAUGCAAACUAUCAUUACAUAAUGUAUCAGCAUUGCUGUCUAUUGGUUUGGGAGCUUUACUUUGCUGUGCCAUACUCGCAGUAGUUUUUUCCCUAUUCCCAAUGGAAAUCAAAAGUUAUCUCUACGAAAAGCAAUGGUUACUGAGAUGGAUAACUGAAGAAGAUCUAGAUAAAGACAAGACAUAUGACGUUUUCAUAAGUUAUGCAAACCAAGAUGAAGCAUUUGUAAUUGAAAAUCUUUUAUUUAAAUUAGAAUGUGAUAACGCUUAUAAAGUUUGCAUUCAUGCAAGAGACUGGAUUCCUGGAGAACUUAUUAUGCAACAAAUUAAUAAUAGCGUACAAAAUUCCAGAAGAACUUUAAUAGUGCUUUCAAAUCAUUUUCUAGAAAGUGUUUGGGGAAAGGUGGAAUUUAGAGCUGCACAUACCAAAGCAAUGCAAGAAGAUAGAAUUAGAGUUAUUGUUGUUAUUUAUGGUGGCCUAGAUGAAAAUAAGUUGGAUGAUGAGUUGAAGAAUUAUUUAAGAACUAAUACCUAUAUCGAAUGGGGUGACAAGUGGUUCUGGAAUAAGUUAAGAUACGCCUUGCCUCAUAAUAAAAGAAAAAGGUUGUAUGACUGAAAUACAAGAUUGACCAAUUUUAGGCUGAAUAAAUUGUAUAUCAUGGAAGAUUAUCUUUUUAGAGCAGCUAGAGAUAACCUACAAUAAAUAAAUGUCUCAUAA